AUGUCUCGAAACGCGCGGGUUGAGGAAGUGUACGACUCUGAUCCAGAAGAAGUGGCUCCCUCCGACUUUAACAAUGAAUCCAUCCUGUCCGCGGCAAAUAUACCUGCUCCUGGUUCAUCUUCGAUACCGAUGAGACCCGCCCCUGAACCGCAGCGUGAAAUUCCCAAACAUUACCAAUGUCUUUAUCCCGUCUACUUUGACAAGGCGCGGUCGCGCGUAGGGGGUCGAAAAGUGGGUGCAGAGCAUGCUGUUCACAACCCCUUAGGGAGGGAUAUUGUGGAUGCGGCGCAGAUGCUAGGACUAAAGGUGGGAUUCGAACCGGAGAAGUUUCACCCGAAGGACUGGGCAAAUCCAGGACGAGUGCGUGUGCUCUUGAAAGAUGAGAACGGGAAAUUGGCAAACCCGAAGAUUAAAAACAAGCAUCAUCUCUACAUUCUCGUGGCUCAAUAUCUCAAAGCCCACCCGACGACCGAAGAAUCCCCGUACCGUUUGAGAAUCAGAGGACUUCCAAUGCCGGAGAAACUGCCCCCCGCUCCUCCUGCUCCCCGUGGUUGGAAAAUUGGGAGUAUCCUACCGAUACACUCCCCGGCUUACAGUGGUGGUGGAGUCAGCGACAACCCGCUCAAAGAUGCCAUGGCCGAGAUGCAGAAUAUGCAAGGUAUGCCCGGAAUGCCUCAGAUUCCUGGAAUGCCUGGAAUGGCAGGGAUGAUGGGUGAGCCAUCUGGAGGCAGCAGCAGCGAAAAGAAAAAGAAAGACAAGAAGAAGGGAAAGGCUUAA